AUGGAAAGAAUAAGAAAAGAAAUAAUUCUGAUGGAACGGGGUCUGCAUAGUCCUGCUGCCAAAAGGAUUUCGAAUUUGUCAGACUCAGCUGGAAAUGCGGUGGAGGAGGCCCUUGAAAAUUCUCAUCACAGUGGUCGUCUCAGCCCCAGACCAACUUCCGCCUCCCUCCACAACACUGUUGGGGACACCCCAACAAACGGCAAAUUUGAGAUAGACAAUUUAUUCCACCAUCAACAUUCAAGCGACAGCACGUCUUCGUCUGAAAUUUCGUCUUCGGAAAGCAGGAAAAAAUUUUCCCUUUACCCAGAACUUGCUAGUCGAGAGAAAGAAGCAGAAAUGAACAGUGAUGUUGAUGUGGGGUGCUCGACACUCCGCUCUCCUGCCGGCGUCAGUACAACGCACCUCAAAGAAAAUACAAACAAAGUUUAUUCUGAUAAUGGCAGUUCAACUAAUACUUCUUCGAAUGGGUCCAGUAUUACGAAUCUGAACGGCAACUCCAGUUCAAUAGGCAAUUCGGGUUCUGGUCCUGACCAGGUGAGACGGUAUCGAACUGCUUUCACCCGAGAACAAAUCGGUAGACUAGAGAAAGAGUUUUACAGAGAAAACUAUGUAUCCAGACCCAGGCGAUGUGAACUGGCGGCCGCUUUAAAUCUACCCGAAACUACUAUCAAGGUUUGGUUUCAGAACCGGCGGAUGAAAGAUAAAAGACAGCGACUAGCUAUGUCAUGGCCCCACCCGGCUGACCCAAGCUUUUAUACCUACAUGAUGACCCAUGCGGCGGCCACUGGGAGCCUGCCCUACCCUUUCCACUCUCACGUGCCCUUGCACUACUACCCCCACGUCGGCGUCACUGCGGCUGCCGCCGCCGCCGCCGCCACAGGCGCCACGCCCUUCCCCACCUCCAUCCGCCCGCUCGACACCUUCCGCGCCCUCUCGCACCCGUACUCGCGGCCCGAACUUCUCUGCAGCUUUCGCCACCCGGGCCUCUACCAGUCGCCACACGGGCUCAACAGUAGCGCGGCCACCGCAGCGGCCGCAGCGGCGGCGGCUGCAGCCGCCUCGACGCCGGCCGGCACCGCGCCUUGCUCCUGCCUCAGUUGCCACAGCAACCAGAGCGGCGCGCUGGGGCCCAGGAGCUCGAGCUCCGACUUCACGUGCACCGCGGCUGCGCAGAGGUCGGAGAGCAGCUUUCUUCCAUACUCGGCCGCGGUGCUCAGCAAAUCAGCAGCGGUGUCACCGCCUGGCCAGCGGGAGGAGUCCUCCCUUACCAGAUAA